AUGAGGUUACUGUAUUCUUUUCUUUUAUUCUUUGCUUGUUUUGUGAGUGCACUUUCAGUUGGUGUACUUCCAAUUCCAAAUGAACAUGCAACUAAUAUCAAGGCAAAGUUUGAUGAUUAUGCUGAACAUUAUCUUUUGCCAGAAGAUUUUCAUAAUGCAGAAACUGCUCCAGUCAAGAAACCAACAGAUGCUGAAAUUGAAUCAAUGCAGAACUCACUUCUUUUCGAAGGAGAUAUUAUGGGAGUUCCUGAAAUUGAAAAGUCUGAUAUUCUGAAGAGACUUCGAGAUGAUCCACUUAUUGACGACGAUGAGAUUUUCAGAAAACCUUUCCACAGUGCUCUCAACUUGGUAACCUACCCAGAUAAAUUAUGGCCAGAAGGACAAGUUCCAUACAUGUUGGAAGAAGGAAUGACUAACGAUCAGAGAACGGCAAUUGCUCAAGCGUUUGAUGAAUACAAAACCAAGACUUGUGUCCGAUUUGUUCCAAAAACUGACGAUGAUUUUGAUUAUAUCUAUGUAAAGAGAAACGUGGCAUUCGGAUGUUCCUCGUAUGUUGGCAGAGCUGGUGGAAAUCAAACUGUAUCGUUGGAAGUUGAUAAGUGCUUCUCAAAGGGAAUCAUUGCUCAUGAACUGAUGCAUGCUCUCGGAUUCUUCCAUGAACAUUCGCGAACCGAUCGAGACGAUUUUGUAGAUAUCAAUGAGGAUAAUAUUCGACCUGGAAUGAUGCGUAACUUUGAGAAAUAUCCACGAAAAAUCAUUGAUUCACUCGGAAUGCCGUAUGACUAUGAAUCUGUUAUGCAUUAUCACAAGUUAGCAUUCUCUCGAAAUGGAAAACCAACAAUUGUUCCGAAAGAUAAUGAAGCAGAUGUUGGACAAAGAUAUAAACUUUCGGAAAUGGACUCAAAAAAAGUAAAUAAAUUAUAUCAAUGUGGAGAGUAUUCGAAGACAUCUUCAACAACUACAACUACAACUACAACUGCAACUUCCACAACUACAACUACCGAAGAGCCAACAACAACAACAAAAGAAGUUGAGGAGAAUUCAAAGAAUAAGAAGACGUCAAGUACCACAACAACUACUAAGAAACCAACUACUACACCUUCCACAACUAAAACCACCACAACUCCAAAACCAGUUGAAAGAUCUAGAAAUAAGAAAUGCGAAGAUCUGAAUGCUCAUUGUGGAAUGUGGGAACAACUAGGUCACUGCCAACAUUCUGUCAAAUAUAUGGCCCAUUACUGUAGAAAAGCUUGUGGUCUUUGUGAGGUUGAAGUGACAACAACUACCACGACAACAGCAAAACCACUUCCACGUGGCAAAGAAAAAGAGAAUAAAUCAUCGACGUCUUCAUCUGCCACGUCAUCAACUCCACGUACCACUGUAACAACUACAACACAACCGAAAGAAAAAUGCGAAGAUAAGAAUUUGUUCUGCAGUUACUGGGCAAAGAUUGGAGAAUGUAACAGUGAGAGCAAGUUUAUGAAGAUCUUCUGUAAAGCAUCAUGUGGUAAAUGUUGA